UUCAUGAGCCAAGAGGUAGCAGCAGUAGUAGGAUUCGUCCCGUCCCGGUGUGAGGCGGUGCUGUCGGCGAGAGCACAGAUGCCUUCACAGACCUCACCAGAGUCUUCUGAACAUCACAUACACCGAAAUUACUCCUGGAUUCACCUGACUGGAGAGGAUUCAGUUAAACAGAUCUGAAGUCUAUUGGAUGCGCUCCUCUGGAAUGAGCCCUUGCUGACACCUUACUCCUGGACCCUCUCACUUUUCCUAAGUACGGGAGUGGUUGUUGCGGUAACCAUGACAGCAUUGCCGUUCUGGGCAGGACCACUGUCCUUCGCUGGACUUGUCAUCUUCCGCUUCCUCUCUCUGCCUCUCGUCAUGUCACAGACGCCAUCACUCACAGCGACCUCUGACCUGGAGCCUGUGCCCUCUCUGCCUGAAGAGUGCCGGAGAAAAAUGCACCCUGUUACCUCCUACACAGCUUUGAGCCCAUGGCUGUCCUCUUUCUCUCUGCCUGGAGUGAAUGACUAUUCGCCGCUCGCACUCGACCUCACCAGAAACCAGCUGAUAGUGGGAGCCAGGAAUCAUCUCUUCCGGUUGAGUUUGAGCAACGUCUCUCUUCUGCAGGCCACAGAAUGGGGCGUAGACGAGACCACCAGAAGGUCCUGCCAGAGCAAAGGAAAGACAGAGGAUGAGUGUCAGAACUAUGUUCGUGUCCUCCUGUUGAACGGCAGCCGUUUGUUUACCUGUGGGACUAACGCUUUCAUGCCCAUCUGUACGACUCGCCCUAUUACUGACAUUGCGAGUGUUCUGGAGUCCAUCAGCGGGGUGGCGCGCUGUCCCUACGACCCUCGACACAACUCUACAGCUAUGAUAACAGAGAGUGGAGAAGUCUAUGCUGCCACAGUGACUGAUUUCUCUAGCCGUGACCCUAUUAUUUACCGCAGCCUGGGUAACAUGCCGCCCUUGCGGACCGCCCAGUACAACUCCAAAUGGCUCAGUGAACCUCACUUUGUCUCUGCAUAUGAGGUGGGCCGCUUCACAUACCUCUUUCUUAGAGAGAACGCAGUAGAACAGGAUUGUGGUAAGACUGUCUUCUCUCGUGUGGCCCGCGUGUGUCAGAAUGACAUUGGUGGUCGUUUCCUGCUGGAAGACACAUGGACCACCUUCAUGAAGGCUCGACUGAACUGUUCCCGCUCUGGAGAUGUUCCCUUCUACUACCAUGAGCUGCAGAGCACCUUCUACCUCCCUGAGCAAGAUCUCAUUUACGGAGUCUUCACCACCAAUGUGAACAGCAUUGCUGCGUCAGCAGUGUGUGCAUUUAACCUCAGUGCCAUUACACAGGCCUUUAACGGACCCUUUCGUUAUCAGGAGAACCCUCGGACCAGCUGGCUUUCCACUCCCAAUCCCAUCCCAAAUUUUCAGUGUGGGACAGUGAAUGAUUCGGGUCCAGGCGGCAAUCUAACGGAGCGUAGUCUUCAGGAUGCUCAGCGACUCUUCCUCAUGAGCGAGGUGGUUCAGCCCAUUUCCACAGAUCCUCUGGUCAUGCAAGACAACAUCCGUUACUCCAGACUGGCUGUGGACAUUGUUCAGGGGAGGGACACGCUCUACCACGUCAUGUACAUCGGCACAGAGCACGGCACCAUCAUUAAGGCCUUGUCCACAAAUAAUAAGAGUCUGCGUGGAUGUUAUUUGGAGGAGAUGAACAUUCUCCCUGAAAACAAGCAGGAGCCAAUCCUAAACCUGCAGAUUCUGCACAGCGAUAGGUCUCUUUUCGUGGGACUUCCCAGCAGAGUGUUGAAGAUCCCUCUGGAGAGAUGCUCCAACUACAAAACUGACCAGGAUUGUCUGGGCGCCAGGGAUCCGUACUGCGGUUGGGACCGGAAAGAGAAGCGCUGUACGACGAUUGAGGACAGUUCCAACAUGAGCCAGUGGAGCCAAGACAUCACAAAGUGCCCUGAGCGGAACCUUACCCAAGAUGGUGGCUUUGGCCAUUGGUCACCAUGGCAGGCUUGUAACCAUGAUGACGGAGGGGAAGGCAUUAGCACAUGUCAGUGUCGCACUCGGUCCUGUGAUAACCCUCGACCCCAGUGUGGAGGGAUGAAGUGUGUCGGAGCCAACAUAGAGGUGGCCAAUUGCUCCAGGAAUGGAGGCUGGACUCCCUGGUCAUCUUGGGCCGAGUGCAGCACCAGUUGUGGCAUUGGAUUUGAGGUCCGUCAGCGGUCCUGCAACAACCCAGCACCCCGACACGGAGGACGCGUAUGCGUAGGUCAGGCGCGAGAGGAAAGAUUGUGUAACGAAAAGAAUCUGUGUCCUGUUCCGGUGUCCUGGGUCUCCUGGAGCGCUUGGUCCAAAUGUAGCGUUGCCUGUGGUGGUGGAGUCCAAUCCCGUGUUCGAUCCUGCGAGAAUGGCAACACGUGUCCUGGUUGCCCUCUGGAGUAUAAGGCAUGUAAUUUGGAUGCGUGUGCCGAGGUGAGGCGGACCACGCCAUGGACACCCUGGUACCCUGUUAAUGUGACUCAAUUGGGGGCGAGACAGGAGCAGAGGGUCAGGUACACCUGCAGGGCUCUCCUCGCCGACCCUCAUGACCUGCAGCUUGGCAAACGCAAGAUAGAGACUCGCCUCUGUCCCACCACUGAUGGAGCUGCUGUCUGUGAGACUGAUGGUCUAGUUGAGGACCUGUUGAGAAUGGGUCGACCUGUUACACGAGUGCAAGGAGCUGCCUGGUCAUCAUGGGAAACGUGGUCUGCAUGUUCCAAAGAGUGUUCCAAAGGCUUCCGCACACGCAAGCGCUCCUGUGCCACGCCGGAUGGCAAGAGCACGCCGUUCGCCUGCAGCGGAACACCGGCCGAGUAUCAGGACUGCAACUCUCAGCCAUGCCCAGUGAAGGGGGCGUGGUCGUGCUGGUCUUCCUGGUCUCAGUGCUCUACUUCCUGUGGCGGUGGUCACUACCAGCGCUCCCGUACCUGCUCUAACCCAGCCCCUGCUCAUUCUGGUGAUAUCUGCAUUGGUCUGCACACGGAGGAAGCUCUCUGUAACACACACGAGUGUGAAGGUGGGUGGGGGGCAUGGUCAGAGUGGGCGGAGUGUAAUGAGGAGGGGCAGCAGCUCCGCGUUCGUAUAUGUGAAAUAAGCUCCUCUUGCCAAGGAAACUCCACAGAUCAGAGAACGUGUCGGCCCAUUGAGAGUGCAGUGCUGUCAAAGGGACAGAAGAAGAACUCAAACUGUGAAGGGUUUUCUCUAUUCCACUUGGUGCUGACUGGUGCAUGUUGUUUUUUGGGAGCCAUUUUGCUGUCCAUCCUGGUGUAUGUGUACUGUCAGAGACUCCGCAAACCCCCUCAAGAAUCUGCAGUUAUUCAUCCCAGCACCCCCAACCAUCUACACUAUAAAGAGAACAGCUGUACACCCAAGAAUGACUUGUACACACCCAUGGAGUUUAAGACUCUGAAUAAGAACAACCUGCUUCCACCAGAUGAAAGCUGCAACUUCUUCCCAUCAGCUUUGCCGCAGACCAACGUCUACGCCACCACGUAUUACCCAUCUCCUCUGGGCAAGUACGACUUCCCUUCCAUGGAUUCACCCUGCAGCUACAUGCACAGCUGAUGCAAAAAGACACACACUCACACACAUAUCAUGCUUUCUUUAGGGGCGUGUGAUCACGGUUACACACCCUUAUCCGUCCAUGCAGUUGCAUUGGAAAAUGCAUGGAUCCGCAGGAAGGUCUAGCGCAUAACCUGCAUCUCAAAAGAUGCAGGAAAAUGCAAAGGAUUGUUGUUCGGAUAAAACGGGCCCAUGUAGUUUUCUUGUAGCAUUUCCUUUCCUAAAUGUCAUCUCAAACCGGAAGUCACGGGUUCAGUUGAUCACAUGUGUCGUAAUAACUGCAGACUGACACUCACAAAGCAUGCACACUUCUUAAAAUGCAGAGGAGCAAGAGGAAUUCUGGCAUCUUUGCUUUCCAUGUGAAGCUCAAAACUGAAUUGUGACGUACUACUUUGUGUGCUGGCGUCUUCAGCUUUGUGUUGUUUUUCAUAAUAGAAAAAAUGCAACGCAAAACUCGUUUUGAGUCGAUAAAGCAUGAAGGGCUCCAGACAGCUGUGACGUCUCACAAUAAGCCUGAACAUCUGUUUCCCUUAUUUUUUCCUGGUUUAUGUCCUUUCGGCUCCAGAACUCAAGCAGUGGAUGGGAGAUACAGUACAUGGAAUCAGGAUUACUUGUGAUGCGACUGGUUAACGUCACACCGGUCGAGUCACUGAACUGAGCAGGAGCUGCGUACAGUACGGACUCAUAAAAGGCUGUUAUCUUCAUCGUCUAAUUAAAGACUUGAGCUCAUGGAUAUAUGGCCGUCCACACACUGUUACACAUAUCUUCACCAGUAUGAAUAUGUCUGUCAGGCACUUUUUAAAAGGAAAGUUCACCCAAAUAUGACAGUUCUGUCAUCAUUUACUCACCCUCAUGUAAUUCCAAACAUUGAUGGCUUUUUUUAAAGCAAGACAGUACAGGUGAAUAGGGUAAAGAAUAUAAUUAUAUAAUAUAAAUCAGAAAAUACUGUCAACAGUAUCCAUUUAAUCUCCAUAUUUUUAGGAAUAAACUAUAAUAUAAAACAGGAAAAUGAUAUAUGAACAAACCCUUCUGUAAAAAAAGGGAAGUUAGCUUUAUGUAAGUGUUCAAUAUAUAUGAAAAGAACUCCUUUUAAUAAGUAUCUAUUGUAAUUAAUCUACACAUGCAAAUAGAUAAUGAAACAAACACUUAAAGGGUUAGUUCACCCAAAAAUGAAAUUUCUGUCAUUAAU